CCGUAUGAGAUCUGCAUCAGCAGUGUACUACAGCAACAGUGAUUUAACCCCGUUGUUAUUUACAUUAUUUACCAUUAUUUAUGAGAAAAAGGGGGCCACAUUAGGAAAAAAAUAAUAAUCUGAUAUUUUAAGAAUAAAAUUGAAGAGAAAAGUCACAAAUAUCCAACUUUUUUCUCGUCAAUUAACGACUUCAUUCUCCUCAAUUUAUCAUUUUAUUCUGGUAAAUGUCCAACUCUGCUGUGUAACAUCACGUUUUUCUUAUCAUUUUUAUUGUUUGCAAAUGGGAAGACAGGCAGGGAAAACUGUGGGAAUAAAGAAGUAUGACAUUUUGAUUUAAAAAUAAAUAUAUAGUGGUGUUUCAAUGACACCUCCAGGCCUAAAACACCUUUUGGGUGCAUGGUGAAAGCCAUGAAUCGGUUUUGCGAUGCUGUAGUGCGGCCGUGGUUUAGCCGCCGCCGCUGCAGAGACGUUGACACGAGCCAGAUGACGGGCGGACGACAUCAUCGCAUGACAUCACUGUAUUCCAGCCGUAAUUGGAAGCAGCUCUGCCCCGGGGGCUUUGUCAAUGACCACAUCGAUAUUCCACGCAGGGUGCUUGAAAAGAAAGGACCCAACGGGACAUAAGGGGGAAGGAGUUCACCCGGGUUGACUUGAGGCUCCUGCGCGGCCUUGUUCCGUGGCGCCGUUCAGUUCAACGUGCAAAGCCGUUGACAUACUUUCACAGUCAGCCAGAUAACAAAAGUCACUUGAUGAAAGCACUGGCAACACUGGCUGCUGCAUUGUGGGUACGUGUUUAUUUCUGGAGAUUGGCGCUCCUCUCUGCAGACCGGCCUGCCUCAUCCAAUAUUUAUUAGGCCAUGAAAGUGCUUCUCAAGAGCAACAUCCUGCCUGGCGGUUGCUCUAACAGCCCUCAACAUUAGGCUGCAGGCGAGGAAGCCGAGGGGCUGCCGUGUCCCACCUUUAGGAUGGCCAGUGACGGCUCCACCAUUCCCAGCCCUGUGGUGCACCAGAUCGACAAGCAGUUCCUGAUCUGCAGCAUAUGUCUGGACCGCUACCACAACCCCAAAGUGCUGCCUUGCUUGCACACCUUCUGUGAGAGGUGCCUGCAGAACUACAUCCCGGCCCACAGCCUGACACUGUCGUGCCCUGUGUGUCGCCAGACGUCCAUCUUGCCCGAGAAGGGUGUGGCCGCCUUACAGAACAACUUCUUCAUCACCAACCUGAUGGACGUCCUGCAGCGCUCGCCGGGCAGCUGCGGCCAGGAAGCCGCCGUCCUCAACGACAUCACCACGGUGACGGCGGGGCAGCUACUCUCCUGCCCCAACCAUGGCGGAAAUGUGAUGGAGUUCUACUGUCCGCCAUGUGAGACGGCCAUGUGCCAGGAGUGUACGAGCGGCGAGCACGGAGAACAUCCCACCGUGCCUCUGAAGGACGUGGUGGAGCAACACAAGGCCUCCUUACAGGACCAGCUGGAUGCAGUCAAGAGGAGGCUACCUGAGAUCGACGCCGCCCUGCUGACUCUGUCCGAGAUCCUGCAGCGGCUGACAGGCCAGAAGAGCUCCAUCGAGGAGGACAUCCACGCCGCCUUCCAUGAGCUGCAGAAGACACUCAACGUGCGCAAGAGCGUCUUGCUCAUGGAGCUGGAGGUCAACUUCGGUCUCAAGCAGAAGGUUCUUCAAGCGCAGCUGGACAGCCUCCUGCAGGGUCAGGAGGGCAUCAACAGCAGCUGCAGCUUCACCGAGCAGGCCCUGAGCCACGGCACCGAGGCCGAGGUCCUCCUGGUGAAGAAGCAGAUGAGCGAGCGUCUGGCCGAGCUCUCGGCGAGAGAGCUCCCCCUGCUGCCCGGAGAGAACCACCAGCUGGACUUCCAUAUCGAGACGGAGGGCCUGAAGAAGUCCAUCCACAACGUGGGCACCGUCGUGACCACUAAUGCUGUGGCGUCCGAGACGGUGGCGACCGGCGAGGGCUUGCGGCACUGCAUGGUGGGGGCGCCCACCUCCGUCACCAUCACAACCAAGGACAAAGAUGGAGGGCUUUGCAAAAUGGGCAACGCUGUCCUCACGGCCGACAUCUCCUCGGCGGACGGUAGCAAAGGUGACGGGGAGAUAGUGGACAACAAGAACGGCACCUAUGAGUACCUGUUCACCGUCCCCAAAGAGGGGACCUUCAGCUUGUCGCUACGCCUCUAUGAGCAGCACAUUAAAGGCAGCCCCUUCAGGACGAAGGCCACCAAGUCUUCCGACGUGUCGGCGGCCUCGGACGGAGUCAAGAAGAGGCUGAAAUCGCCGGGCAGCGGACACGUCAAACAGAGGGCCAUAAAGAGGCCGUCCAGCAUGUACAGCACCGGCAGGAGGAAAGAGAACCCCAUCGAGGAUGAUCUCAUCUUCAGGAUAGGCACGAAAGGGCGAAACAAAGGCGAGUUCACAAACCUUCAGGGCGUGGCCGCCUCUCCUGGCAAAGUGUUGAUCGCAGACAGCAACAACCAGUGCGUGCAGAUUUUCUCCAACGAGGGCAUGUUCAGAGCUCGUUUUGGAGUCCGGGGCAGAACCCCCGGCCAGAUGCAACGACCCACCGGGGUGGCCGUCCAUCCGAGCGGUGACAUCAUUAUCGCGGACUAUGACAACAAAUGGGUCAGCAUCUUUUCCAGUGAAGGCAAGUUUAAGAACAAGAUCGGCUCAGGGAAGCUGAUGGGUCCCAAAGGCGUGUCGGUGGACAGAAACGGUCACGUGAUAGUGGUGGACAACAAGGCCUGCUGCAUCUUCAUUUUUCAGGUCAAUGGCAAGCUGGUUACCAAGUUUGGUAACCGCGGCAACGGAGACAAGCAGUUUGCAGGGCCCCACUUUGCCGCCGUCAACAACAAGAAUGAAAUCAUCAUCACAGAUUUCCACAACCACUCAGUCAAGGUCUUCAACACAGACGGGGAGUUCCUGUUGAAGUUUGGCUCCAACGGCGAGGGUAACGGCCAGUUCAAUGCCCCCACGGGAGUGGCGGUGGACGUGAACGGGAACAUCAUCGUGGCAGACUGGGGGAACAGCAGGAUUCAGGUGUUUGAUGGCAGCGGUUCAUUCCUGUCCUACAUCAACACGUCAGCCGACCCGCUCUACGGCCCUCAGGGUCUGGCGCUCACCUCCGACGGACACGUGGUGGUGGCCGAUUCGGGAAACCACUGUUUCAAAGUCUACCGCUACCUGCAGUAGCCCCGAUACUACACUAUACUAGAGAGUACACACUCAGCUUCACCUUCGGCUUCUUUUGUGUGAGCAUUUAGGCACGGAUGACGUUUGCGUUUCAGUUUUUACUCUCAACUACGUACACAUUUCAUGACAUAAGAGGUAAAUAUGGCUUAAUGCUGUACAUUGACAAUGAAAUUGAUUAGUCUCCAAUGCAUGGUAACAAUAAUUGAGGCAAAGUAGUAUCGCACAAAGGAGUAUCGAGGCUCUGCUGAAUACGCACAAAUAAAUAGUAAAAUAGUAUUUAUGCCAAAUAAAAAAUCAAAUACAAAUUCCAUCCAUACAUCCCUUUUCUAUGCCGCCUAUUCUCACUAGUAUGGCGGCGGAAUGCUGGAGCCUAUCACAGCUGACUUGGGGCGAGAGGCGGAAAUACAAAUUUGGAAAAAAUACAACAAUGAGAAUAAAUAAUGUUUUGAGAGAAAAAGUCAUAAAAUUGCUAAAAAAAUAUUUUAAAAUAAUAAAAAAAAUACAUAUCAAUUUGUAUGUGCCCUAAAUAUUUAGUACAAAUUAGGUAAAAAGAAAAUAAUGAAAACAAGGGAAAUUGUCGAAUUGAAAAACAACAUUUUAAUGUAAGACAAAAAUUAUGAACAAUGUGUAUGUUCCCUAAAAAUGUAAUACAAGUUGGGAAAAUUAGAAUAAUAAAGUUUUUCGAGAAAAAUGUUUAAAAUUGCAAAAUCAACAUUUUAAAAUACAAAAAAAAUUUCUGAAUUAAAAAAACAUUUUUUUUCCCUUAUGAAAUUGCAUCUUUAUUUUUGCAUUAUUUUUCAUUGUGACCCCAAUACCCCUUGGUAGUUUUGUACUUGUGUUGUAGUGGGUAUUUAAGCCACGACCCUCAUUGUGAUCUACAUGAAAUGUCUUAACAAGACCUCCAAAUGUGCUCACACUUCAUUUCUAGCGAUAACAUACUUAGAAGUGAUCAUUAAAAAGAGUAGAAAGUGUUACUCACAGCUAGGAAAAAUGCAUGUCCAACACACAAGACGAAUAAUGCUAAACUGGGCAUGGCUUUCAGGCUUUAAGCAGCCUGCAACAAGCUGCCUGUAGCUGCAAUUGAAGCCUGAUUUUUAGCUUCUUAAACACAAUAUUGCAGAUUGUUAUGUAUUUUGUUCAAUGCUACACCUACUAAAAGGUACAAGCAUGCAGGUUUUGCUAACAAAACAGACAUUAUUCCCUAAAGAAGCGCUGUCGCAGUCAAUGUUGUCAAAUGACACGUCAAUGCCACUUUUUCCUCACUAAAGUGCGCUUUCAUUGUGUUAGAAAAACAACACUUUGCUGUGUAGUUUGACGGACACAUGCAAACUUAUGUUUUCAUGCAUUGGGUGUGAUUUUAAAGAUCAAAUCAUCCACGCUUUUUUUUCCGUUUGUGGCCCACACUUUGACUUCUCGGUCAAUUGCAUUCCUUUGCUGCCAUGCAGACUUUGAUGAAGCAUCACAUCUACAUGCUCUUACAUCUUUGAGACACUACUAACAAGUUGUACUUACUUAAAUAUGUAGAUGCACAGAUUACUGGUCGAUUAGUUAGACUUUGUGAAAUUUCCAAUUUUUUUUUUACACAUUCCUGUUAAGUUAUUUGUUUUCCAGUGUAUUGUCUAUAUUUGUAAUGUCAAAUGGAAUUAAAGUACCCACUGGGGAAAAAUAACUUUGUUUUUUUUUUACUA